CAUCCUAAUCAACAUUUUAUGUGCUUUUGCCAGGUGGUCCACGUCGCCCUCCUCUUCCAGCUUGAUGGCGAGCAGCAAUGUGACCAACAAGACUGAUCCCCACUCCCUGAACUCCCGAGUCUUCAUCGGCAACCUCAACACCCUGCUGGUCACCAAAGCGGACGUUGAGGCCAUCUUCUCCAAGUACGGCAAGAUCGUCGGCUGCUCCAUCCACAAGGGCUUCGCCUUCGUCCAGUACUCCAACGAGAGGAACGCCAGGGCCGCCGUGGUAGGAGAGAACGGACGAAUUGUGGUUGGUCAGGUGUUGGACAUCAACCUGGCGGGUGAGCCGAGGCCUCGCAGGUCGAAGACGGUGAAGCGAUCAGCAGGAGAGAUGUACAGCUCAUCUUUUGAUUUGGAUUAUGAUUUUCAGAGAGAUUACUAUGACAGGAUGUACGCCUACCAGCCCAGAGGGGCGCCUCCCCCCCCUCCCUCUCUGUCCCACUCGGUGGUUCCCUCCAAGCGUCCCAGGGUCAGCCUGAGCAGCGGGGGGAGCAGAAGGAGCAGGACCGCCUUCUCCUCCACCUCCUCCAAGAGAAGCCAGAGGAUCUCCCACACAAGUAGUUAUGUGAGAACGGACGACUUACAGACCAUAAAGAGGGAGCUGACGCAGAUCAAACACAAACUGGUCCACCUGCUGGACAGCCUGGAGCACAUUGAGAAGAACCACAAGAUAAAAAGCACCAAGGCAGAACCUGGUGAGGUGUCUCCCAUGCACUCGUCUACCUCCAGCAAGAGGGAGGGGAGCCUGAAGAGAGCCAGUGAGAGUCAGGAUCUGAACGACUCGGAGGAGGACGGGGACCUGCUGGAGGACGAGGACCAGGAGAAAAGCAGAAGGCGGGAUGAGGACGAGCAGGAGGAAGGGGAGGAGGACGACGACGAUGACAGCACCAACGGAGACGAGCCCUGAACCGGCAGAGGAGCUAAAGCAGUUUCUCCACUUGUGUUAAUUUGUUGAUUUCCGCUGAAAAGGAGAGAAUUUCCAGUGUAGAUAUGAAGCUCACAUGUUCAAGAAGUGAAGUUCUGCUUUUAUUUCCCCUUUUUGUUUCUUUAAAUCAAAAAUUUCAUGUUUGUUCUCAGUGACCCUUUGCUGCCAGUAGACAGACAGUCACAGAUUUCUAGCGUUUGAAGAAAAGCUAAAGAGGCGGAUGUUGGAGAAUUGAACAGAGUUUAAGUUGUAUCUUCUUCCUCACAUCUUCCUCGCUGACCGAUGGUGAAAUUCACUGUUUUACCCUGAAACGAAGAACCGGUUCGUAUUUUACUUAGAAAAAUCAGUUUAGGAGCUUUUUAAAUUAUAAAACUGAUGAAUUUGACUUAAGAAUUGGAAUUAAAUGCAACUUGUAGGUGUUUAGCAUGUUGGGUUAGAGUAGUUUUUAUUUGUUCAUUGUUAGAAGUUUGUGUUGAUUUGAACAAAAUGAAUGACUUUAGUUUUAAUGUAAGUUUGGGUAUAAAACUUUUCCCUCUGAAACUGCUGCUAUUCCUGCUGCAACGCUGCAUUCCAACCAGCGGGUGGCGCCAAAUGAUGUCUGUGUUCUGAUGUCUCCUUAUUUUUCUCCUGAGAUAGAAACCUGAUCAGGCAGAAAUGUUUCUCCUCUCUGUAUGAAUUCUGUAGGUUAACCAUUAUUUAGCGAAAACUGACUCCUCCAUCUUCACUGGAUGUUUCUUACUUGGCUUCACAGGCUAAUAAACACGUUUUAUCCUGUUGGA